GUUCACUCCUCCUCCUGCCUAUCAGUCGAAGCUUCACGGAAAGGCUGUUCCUCCAUGCCACGCAGCGACGAUUCUGAGUCCGACACACCGUCACCCACAUCAGAAGACGAACUCGACCUCAAAGGCAAGGGCAAAGGGAAAGCUACUGGCAUCGAGGAUGACCCAUACGACGAUACGAAGCGAGUCAUCGUCCAAGCCGGGUUCGACGCGUACUUUUCCGCGACUGCCUCGCGAGCAGUGACCUCUAAGAACAUAUUCUCGUCCCUCAUCCAACCGCUCUCUGCGGAGGAGUACGCCGAGGCCAUAUCAUCCGACUCGAUAGGCGAGAAGAAGUUGGAAUCGCGGAUCCUUCAUGAGCCCGCGCGCUCCGCACUCCACACACAAAUCAUGUGCGAGCUUCAGGAAGGGUUCAACGUGGUGUGCUAUGGAUAUGGGUCGAAGAGAAAGUGGUUGAACGAGUUUGCGACGACGCGAUGUGCAAAGAAGGGGCAUGUGGUAGUUGUUAAUGGAUUUCACCCCGAAGUGACUCUUAGAGACGUCCUUGGGUCCAUCGAGGAUAUCAAGGGCGUGUCAUCGCUGCCUCUCACUCCCAAUACCCCGGAUGGGCAGGCGCGUCGGAUAUACGAUUUCUUUUCCGACAAGCGUACUCGAGGAGACCUCUACCUCAUUAUCCACAACAUUGACUUCCUCCUCACGCGCGCCCCAAAAGCCAAACCGUGCCUGUCCCUCCUCGCGCUCCACCCGCGGAUCCACUUGGUCGCCUCCGUCGACCACAUCAACGCGCCGCUCCUUUUCACAGCGACAGAAUCAGCGACCCGCAAAGACGGGGUGGCAGCACCAGGCAAGACUCCGCGGCGAGGUUUUGCGUGGCUGUGGCACGACUGCACGACAUUGGCCGGCUACGACUUCGAGCUUACAUUCGCGGAUCACACGUCCGUGACAGGAGCAUCUGGGCGCAGACAUGCUGAUGCUGCCAUCGGCUCAGGACAAGCUCCGGGUGCGGCGAUAUCAGAGACCGCAGCCCUGCAUGUUUUGGCUGCUGUGAAUGACAGGGCGAAGAAGCUGUUUAUCUUGAUGGCCAGACGCCAGUUGGAGAGCAUUGACGCAGGCGAUCCGAGCGUGGAUAUGCUGCGGGAGACAGCCGUUGCUUACGAUGUCCUCUUCCCCCUGGCGAGGCAAGAGUUUCUGGGUCAAACGGAUACGGCCGUGCGUGCGUUGUUGGGAGAGUUUUUGGAUCACGGUCUCGUUCUUUCCGCCCAGGCGAGCUCAGGUGGGGAGGUAUUAUGGAUCCCUGUGCGGAAAGAGAGAUUGGUGGGAAUCCUCAAGACGUUGGGGGCUUAGGACUGCUAACCCCGUUCCAUAUCGGGAAUGAUCGCCACCGAUGAUCGCCCUCGAUUCGUCGAUCUUUUUUUGCUUCCGCCGGUGCAUUUUUCGAUUUGGCCCUUUUCGCCAUUAGGAUCUCUCGACGCUCGUGGGGUGUCUGAUAGCAUUUUCAUGCGGAUGCCGUCCGGGGUCAUCAUAUCGUGACACGUUCAUGGAUCGUCAUCCUUUUUCGGCCGGUAUCGAAUCGAUCAGAAUGGCGACAUCCAAUUCAUGCUCUUAAAUCGCUGCUCACUACGCUUCUCCUUCUCUCCAUUUUUCCGAUCUGUGCGAUGGCGGCCCCCCCUCUUUCUGGCCUGCAAGCUGUCCGUAGCUCUGGUGUGCGCUUCGCCUCAGACACGGGUGAAUACAACCAGAUCUGGCCUUUCCAGAACGACCUGACCGACGCCACAACCAAUCCGUCACUCGUCCUUGCUGCCGUGUCGAAGCCGGAAUAUGCAGCCAUUGUGCAGGACGCGGUGAAUUAUGCGCGGGGGAAGAUGCCUGCUGGGAGUGCGGAGGAGACAACGGUGCUUGCCAUGGAUCGCCUGCUUGCGCAAGUCGGUUCCCAGAUCGCGCGGAUUGUGCCUGGGCGGGUGUCGGUGUCUGUAGACCCGAGGAUCGGGUACGAUACAGAGGCCAUGAUCCAGAAGGGCCGUAAUCUCGUAUCCCUCCUGGAGGAACUUGGCAUCCCCCGAACCCGCAUCCUCAUCAAAAUCCCCGCCACAUACGAAGGGAUCGUCGCCGCUCAAACGUUGGAGCAUCCGGCGGCCGGAGAACUCGCUAUUCAUACCAACAUGACGCUCAUUUUCGGACGCAUACAGGCUAUUGCGUGUGCCCAAGCCGGACUCUCGGUCAUCUCGCCCUUCAUCGGACGUGUCAAAGAUUUUUGGGAUGCGCAUGGCCGACCUCCUGCGACGGAUCUCGCAGAACACCCUGGGAUGCUGCUCGUGCGGGCAAUCCGCGCAACUUACGACGCGAACGGCUGGUCCGGGCGGACGCAUGUGAUGGCUGCGGGAUUCAGGGCACCGGAGGAAAUCAUCGAGGUGUGCAAGUACGGAGUGGCGGGUGGGCCGGACCUGGUGACUAUUCCCCCCGUGUUGUUGGAGGGUGUCCGGGUCCGACAGGAUCUCAUCAAGCCGGCGCUGCCCUUUGCAUCGGAGUCCGUCGAUGUCUCUGUAUCGACUGUGUACUUUGGCAGCGGGUGUGCUGAGGACGCGGCAGCUCUGUAUGCUCGGGACAUCGCCCGAGAGGAAGUUGCGGCUGUCAAGGUCCCCGAAGGGCUGGCCAAGUUUUCGGCCGACGCGCAGAUUUUAGAAGAUUUGGUCAAGCAGACACUGGCUGAGUCGUCGUAGAUUACUAGAUAGAUGUACCCGCUUUUUUCCGUCCUCGAAGCUGUAUUUUCUACAUAAACGGGAGUCAGCUGACGAGUAUUUGUUGACAAGUCUGAGCAGGUCUUCGACCGAGCACCUUUCAUGCUGAAUUAUGUAGUUAGAAUUGAAAUGCCAUUCUUGUAAACUUCAAUGUACAUGUAAUGUUGAACUUGGCUGAGCGCGGAACGUGUUGUAGUGCAAUCGUCACGUAGAAACAUGGACGUAGGCCAUUGCUUACCGGACGGCGUCAAUGCAAGCAUCAUGUGCAGCGUGACGAGGCGCGCUUCUCAAUACUCCGUGUUGUCAUCAUUUUCCCGUAAAAAAGCGAAGCCGAGAGGCAAAGACAAACGUAGAUGUGUAUGGGUCCUAACUUUGACAGCCCAACACUUAUGUAAAAACCCAGGACGGUUGCCAGAUGACAAAAAGCACAAACGUCUGACCGCAGCAGCUUCCCAGCCAACUACGAAGCUACCUGCCCCAGCAACGAAGCAGCCAAAGGGGAUCCUGGGUACUGCGCCAACACAGAAGACACCAGCAAUAAACGCAUGUGAUCGCUGAAGAUGGCGAUGCUCUGCUGGAAGGCCGGCAGAGACCUUGUCCGAGUGGUAGGCUGACAAAUUUGGAGCCAUAGUAUGUGUGGUAGACUGCGACAGAGUAGCAUCCACCGAUAGAAUGACGCUCUUGGAGAGUGUCCCAUUAUGCCCAUGCAACAGCUCAUCUGCCAGACCACUUGCUUGGAGGAUCUCGGUCAAGCCACGCACAUAGAUAAUACAUAACUGAUGAACGGACGAGAAUCUGAGUGGGAUAAAAAUCUAUAUUGUGCUUGGGAUUUCUCCCGAUUUAUAUAGUACAUAGUCGUGUAUCGGAAAAGUAAUUCUACUGCCUUAUAUAUUUGUAUCUGACUGAGUCGUGCAUCAGUAAGAUGCUUUGAGAACAUUCGGGAAUGAUCUUGAUGCAAAGGCACAGCAUUCCUGUUAAUACUCAAUACUCCCCCUCAAGCUCGAAUCAUCCCGAGUAGCGAUACGAGGUAUUCGUGCUUGGGUCGGGGUACUCCCUUCGUGAAUAUAUCGGCAGUGUUCUCGUCCGUGGGUAUGUGGGAAACUGAAAUCUCGUUUGAGAUUAAUCUCUCGCGGAUGAAAUGGUAACGUAUAUCAAUAUGCUUUGAGCGAGCGUGGAAACCCGAGUUCUCGGCAAAUAGGAUGGUGCCGAGGUUGUCGACGGAGAUGUGUGUGGGAAAGGUGGUGUCGACGUCGAGUUCUGUAAGGAGUGAUCGAAGCCAAAGAGCUUCCCGAGUUGCGCUUGACAGUGCCAUAUACUCGGCUUCCAUGCUCGAGAGAGCAACGGUAACCUGCUUCUUGGAGCUCCAAGUAACGGCUCCCCCUGCAAAGCAUGAGAUGUAGCCCGUGAUCGAACGUCGGGUAUUUGGGUCAGAACCCCAGUCCGCGUCUGAGAACAGCUCGAGUGCUGUCACGUUUAAGUCAGCUCGGUAUUCGAUCCCGAGGUCCAUAGUGCCACGGAGGUAACGGAAUACUCGCUUGACGGCGGUGAGAUGCUCCGGUCCCGGAUUGGUGUUGAACUGGGAAAGAGACUGGACAGCGUACGAGAUAUCGGGUCGAGUCGUG